UAGAAGCAGGUAAGAAGUCGAGGACCUCCAACCUUUUUUUUUUUAUUUUUCUUUCUCGUCGUCUUUCUUCUCGCUUUCUCUGCUGCAGAGCUUCGAGUUGAGCUUCCCAUGGCGGAUACUAACAGCUAACAGUAAUCCUGGGUGGAGAUCACUAUUUAUUGUCGACUUGAAUUUAGUUCUCCUUCAGCAGAAAGCUGUAGAAUUCUACUAAUUUCCGAGAAAAAGGAGAGACGGAAGCGCAGGCGGAGAAGAACUUGAAUUAGAUUUAAGGGGGUCGAUUUGAAACAGAAGUUCGCUUGUUGCCUGGAGUUGAUUGUAGGUACGCAACAGUGAUGAUGGGGAUGUUUGAGGAAAUGGGUUUUUGUGGGAAUCUCGAUUUCCUUGCCCCGUCGGUAACGACAGGAGAAGGAGAUCCGGUGCCGGAAACUGAACCGGAGGCCACUGUGGAGGAAGAUUAUACUGACGAAGAGAUGGAUGUAGACGAACUGGAGAGAAGGAUGUGGAGGGAUCGGAUGCUUCUGAGGAAGCUUAAAGAACAGAACAAGAGCAAGGAUGGUGUCGAUACUGCAAAGCAGCGCCAGUCCCAAGAGCAGGCGCGGAGGAAGAAGAUGUCCCGUGCUCAAGAUGGGAUCCUGAAGUACAUGCUGAAGAUGAUGGAAGUCUGUAAAGCUCAAGGCUUCGUUUAUGGCAUCAUUCCCGAGAAGGGGAAGCCUGUGAGCGGAGCCUCCGACAAUCUUCGCGCCUGGUGGAAGGAGAAAGUCAGGUUUGAUCGCAACGGCCCUGCUGCAAUUGCCAAGUAUCAGGCUGAUCAUUCAAUACCUGGUAAGAACGAAGACUGUAAUGCAGUAUCAUCCACUCCCCACACCCUGCAAGAGCUUCAGGACACCACUCUAGGUUCGCUCUUAUCAGCUCUCAUGCAGCACUGUGACCCUCCCCAACGGCGGUUCCCGUUGGAGAAGGGUGUUGCUCCACCGUGGUGGCCCACAGGGGAUGAGGAAUGGUGGCCGCAGUUGGGCUUGCCCAAGGAUCAAGGUCCUCCGCCAUACAAGAAACCCCAUGAUCUGAAGAAGGCAUGGAAGGUUAGUGUCUUGACUGCUGUCAUCAAACACAUGUCACCCGACAUUGCCAAGAUCCGCAAGCUCGUCAGGCAGUCCAAGUGCUUGCAGGACAAGAUGACAGCGAAGGAGAGUGCGACUUGGCUUGCCAUCAUUAACCAGGAAGAGGCGUUGUCCAGGAAGCUCCACCCUGAGAGAUGCCCUCCUGUGUCAUCAACAGCGGGGAGUGGAUCUUUCACCAUUAGCGACAGCAAUGAGUAUGAUGUUGAAGGGGUUGAGAAUGAUCCAAAUGUUGAAGUACAGGAGUGCAAGCCUCACGAUGUAAAUCUGUUCAAUCUUGGGAUGGGGUCAGCCAAGGACAGACUUAUGAUUCCCCUGCCUGCUCCAAUAAAGGGUGAAAUUAGCAACACAGAAUUCAGCAGGAAGAGGAAGCCAACUGAUGAACCCGUGGCAACGGUGGAUCACAAGAUAUACAACCGUGAGUAUCUUAGGUGUCCUUACAGUGAUUAUCGCCUCGGUAAACCUGACAGGAGUUCAAGGAACAAUCAGCAGGUAAAUAGCCCCUAUGGAAGCGUCCGUACAGGGUUUGGAAUCUCAAACUUUGAGAUUACUGAAGAUAAACCAGCAGUCUUCUCUAUGCCAUUCGGACAACCCAAGCGAGCUGCUCCACCACUGAACCCAACCCAAUCGACUUUCAGCCUGUCAGGACUUGGGCUGCCAGAAGAUGGACAAAAGACUAUCAGCGAGCUUAUGUCAUUUUAUGAUAGCAAUCUUCAGAGGAAUAAGUGCUCUAAUCCUGGAAAUGUUGCUGCCAUGGAUGGUCAGAAUUCUGAGCCGCAGCCCAAAGUUCAACUGGAGGAGAACUUCUAUGGCCAAGGGUCCGCAGUAGGGGGUAACAUGUUUGAAGAAAACAACAUGCCUAUGAAUCAUCAGAUGUUCCCCCGAGAAGAAAUCCAAUUUGAUCAAUAUAAGGUGUUUGAUCCGCCAGCAUAUGAAACAAAUCACGAUGACAUUCCCUCUGACUUCAGAUUUGGGUCUCCUUUCAACAUGCCAUCAGUUGACUUUGGGGAGGUCUUGCCAAGAGGAACAGUAGAGACGAUGUCGAAGACAGAGAGUUCAAUCUGGUAUCUAUAAACAGUACUCAAGCGUAUACCCAGGUUGCUUUUGGUGCUUCCUUUUGAUGCGUGAGGAGCCCAGUCUCUGAAUUGUAAAUUCUAAAAGGACUUAUCUUCACAUUUGUCUGUGCUGAUCAGAUGAAAACCUCUACCUGCCAUCUUGGCUAUUAAGACUCUUUUAGAGACUUGUUUCUUCUUGGCACUCAAAAAAAAAAAAAAAAAAAAAAUUCAGUUGUAGGAUUUGUUCUUGUCGCCAUUUGAAAUGGCUUACAAAAGAAUGGCGAGAACCCAACUUGAUCCUGCCCCUGAAAAUGUUCACAGACUGCUAUUGCGAAGCUUUGUAUUGGGUUAUGACUUAUGAUUAUGAAUAUUUAUAUUUAAAUAGAUAUUUGGUUUC